CCAACCCCCCGCCCUAUCUCCAGCUUUUUUGGACGGACCAACGAACGACGAAAGGACGACAAUCGUGCCCUCUUUACGUGACGCAUACGCCUGUGAGCGGAGAAAGCCACAAUGAUGGGGCGCCCACUCGCUGUGCUGCGAUGGGCUGUGCCAUUGCUCAUCACCACUGCACUCGCACUUGCAACGUGCGCGCCGAACCCCUUGUCUCUGGCACAAGGAACCAGCGAAGACAACGUGAACCUGCUCACGAGCGCUGGAUUUGCCUUCAAUGAAACACGUGCCGGCAUCGUAUUUGACGGCACUGGAGGCGCGGAGGUUCCCAUCUCCGUUGUUGAUGGUGCCGACCUCAACGCUGUUUCGCUUGCUUUCGAGGCAGAGAUCGUGGACUUUGGCUACCUCUUCGCGCUAGCCACACCAUCCACGCGACACCUGGCGGUGUACUACAGCCGCAACCUCAACGCCGUGUUUGUGUACUAUCGCAGCAAUCCAACCCAGGCGUCCGACCAGACGCUCAGUUUCGUGCUUGACGGCAGCUCCCUUGCUGAUGGGCAGACGCACCGCAUCCUCGUGACUGUGGAUGGUGUGACUGUGAGGCUCGAUGUCGAUGGGGCAACCAUUGGCACGCGCACGCUUCCGAGCGGCCUUGUACCGUGUACUCAAACAGGGUGCCGUGUAACGGUGGGCAUGCGCCCGACCUCAACCGGUGGCUCCAGCUUCUUCACCGGCACCAUGUACCGGGCAGAGCUGUACCUUGGGCAGGCGCUGACCUCGUUUCCGGAGUCGCUGCUCAGCACCACGACAACACCUGCAACAACCACAACCACCACCACAACCACCACCACUACCACCACCACCACAACGACCAGCACGACCAGCACGACCAGCGAAGGCCUGUUCUAUGCUGACGUGCCCAUUGCAAACCCUUCGUUUGAGGAGCCUGUGCUGGGCAGCCCUGGCCUCUUUGCAACGAGUGCACCUGGGUGGUCGGUGUCCGGUGCCUUUGGCGGCGUGCACAGCUCAGCCACGAGCACAUACGGGCUGCCACUGCCGCCGCCCGCAGCAGGCGCACAAGUGGCAUUCCUGCAACCUGGCACAGCACUGAGGCAAUCCGUUCCGAACCUGGUGCUGGAGGAGAACCAAGGCCUGCGGCUCCGCGCUGCGUUUGGGCGGCGUGUGGAUGCCGUCGCUCCGUUUGCCCGCAUGCAGCUGCGCACCAGCAUUACAGACUCCUUGCUGGGUAUGCAGGUGGUGGAUGUGAGCGCCACGAAUGAGCCUGGCUCGUUCUCUGAGCACUGUACCGAAGGGAAAAUUGUGUGGAUGGCGAGCUUGUGGGCCAGGGCACUGACUAUCGCGGGUUUGUGGCACGCACGCGAAGUGGACGCGUGUGCCAAGCGUGGGCUGAGCAGAGCCCGCACACGCACUCACGGACGCCAGAGCAAUUCCCGGAUGCUGGACUCGUUUCGAACUAUUGCCGCAACCCUGAUGGUGAAUCCUCUCCAUGACUACGACACUGUGUACCGGAGGAUGUUUUGCAGUGGGCAGGGUGAGCUGAUUGGCAGCGGCGAGAACUACAGAGGCACGCUCUCCAUGACAGCAUCGGGCCUAACAUGUCAAGCGUGGUCGUCACAGACACCGCACACGCACUCGCGCACACCAGACCGAUUUCCUGACGACGACCUUCGCUCCAACUACUGCCGCAACGUGGACGCGCAUGUCAACGUGUUAUCUGCAGCAGCUUCAGCAGCUGGUGUGUCACUACCACAUCGCCUCGAGCGCGGUGAUGGCGGUUUGGUGGUCCCAGCUGACGCCUACCCGCCGGUGUCGUCGUCGUUCACGGUUGCUGUGGACGUAUCGCUCGAUGCAGACACGAGCGGCUACCUCUUUGCCAAGGCGCAAACGAGUGGCGCUCGGUACUGGGGCAUUUACUUCAGCGCGGGCUCGCAGGAGCUGCAGUUAUUCUACUUGACAUCGCGAACGGGGUCCCAACGCCGUGCAGUUGCGCCGUUUUCGUUCUCGGGGCAGCGCCGCCGCCUCAUUCUCUCGGUUGACGGCACAAGCGCCGCAAUCGUUGUUGACGGGUUGCUUGUAGCCAACAUGGAGCUGGAUGGCCCUGUGGUGGACUGCGUGGAUGGAGACGACCUUGGGUGCAUGCUGCUGCUCGGCGCAAGGCCAGGUGGCGAGGAGCCCACCGCGUUUGAAAUGACGGGCACGUUCUACCAAGCGUUCGUGUUUCCCUGCAGCCCACUUGUGACGAACAUGCUUGAUCCGCUGAGCAACGACGGUGCCGUGCGACCGACCAGUCGAGGGGCGUAUGUGUUCAACGGAACGCGCGGCCUCACCAUUACGCAAUUCUCGCAGGUGUCGGAUCGCUUCAGCAUUGCAUUUGCCUUGCGCUUCUCCUCCGUGGCUGUUGACCAGAGCCUGGUGAGCAAGACAGACAUGCGUGGCAACACGUACUGGCACGUGUCGUACGAUGCGUUUGCCACCGCCAUUCGGUUCACGUUUAUGGCGCAGAGCGACAACGUUGCGCGCAUUGUAUCGUUCCCCACCGCCGCACUCGCUGACCUGCGGCUACACGCGCUGCUGCUGAGUGUUGACGGUGAAGCGGCAACGCUGCAGGUUGACGGCGAUCCAGCCACCAACACCACCCGCCAGCUCGGCACACGCGUGCAGGCGUGCGACCCGGCGUUGGGCGCCAUGUGUCUCCUGACAGUUGGCGCGCACGGCGGUGUGCAGCCCACGCUGAUGGCCACCGUCACAGACGCACGCGUGUACUGGUGCGAUGCACUCGCAGUGUACCCCAACCCUUGGACCACCACAACCACAACGACUACCACCACAACGACUACCACCACCACCACAACAACAACAACAACAACAACAACAACAACAACAACAACAACAACAACAACAACAACAACAACAACAACAACCACGACGUCCACGACCACGUCCACGACCACGUCCACGACCACCACGACGUCCACCAAUGCGACGACGACAUCGACUGGUGCUGCGUUUGAGGAUGUGGACAUUGCAAACCCGUCCUUCGAGGCGCCAGAUGUUGGGUCAUCUGCGUUCGUGACGGAGAUUGAUGGCUGGGUGAUUUUCACGCCAACCGCGGGCGUGUUCAAGAUCACACCAGAGGCAUACCCACCACCCGUGUCCAGCGUCGCUGGCGAUCAGGUUCUGUUCCUGCUGCAGAAUGCCCUGGUUCGCCAGGACACCAACUACACGUUUGUGGCCCUCGACACGCUGUAUGUGUCGUUUUCGGUGGGCUGGCGCAUGGACCUGCAGCAGGCUGGCUCGCCGUGCAUUUCUUUGGUGGCUGUGCCUUCGCUCGUGAACGUGGCCUCGUACUGCGUGUCGACGAAUGCGCAGCAGCAGGGCGCGUUCAUCCGGCAGGAGUUCUUCUUUGAGGUUCCAUCUGCCGCCACUUACACCGGUGAGCAGCUUCGCAUUCGUAUUGAGAACCAGGGCCCUGGGCAGACGAAUGUCGACACGUUCCAACUCUGCUUCCACUUCUUCAUCGACUUCGUCAUCCACAUCCUCUUCAACGUCAUCCUCCACCUCGUCCUCCACAUCCACCUCUGCUUCUACGUCGUCAUCCACAUCCACCUCCACAUCAAGCUCCAUUUCAACGUCUUCAUCCACAUCCACCUCCACCUCUUCAUCAACUUCUUCAUCAACUUCUUCAUCAACUUCUUCAUCAACUUCUUCAUCCACCUCCUCCUCCACCUCUUCAUCCUCCACAACAACCACAACAACGACCACUACCACGACAACAAUGUUGGAGAUUACGACAACCACGACCACGACCACGACCAUAACAACAACCACGACGACCACCGCGAGCACGACCACAACGACGACCACGUCGACGACGGACUCAGGGAGCGGCUCCAUCACCCUGUCACCACCGACCACCACAACCACGACCGCGACCACGACAACCCUCUCCUCGUCAUCAUCCUCGACUUCUUCCUCCUCUUCUUCGUCGUCCUCCACAUCCUCAUCCACAUCAUCGAGUGCAUCGUCGUCAUCUUCAUCAUCAACAUCAACAUCAACUUCGAUGUCGUCAUCAUCCUCCACUACAACCACCACCUCAGCGACAACAACAUCCACAACUACAACUACUACAACAACAACUACAACUACAACUACAACAACAACAACAACAACAACAACAACAACAACAACAACAACGACUACAACAACAACAACAACAACAACAACAACAACAACAACAACAACAACAACAACAACAACAACAACAACAACAACUACAACUACAACAACGACUACAACUACAACAACUACAACUACAACAACGACUACAACUACAACAACGACUACAACUACUACAACCACCACCUCAACGACAACAACUACAACUACUACUACAACUACAACAACUACAACCACAACUACAACUACAACUACAACAACAGAAGACGUGUCGACGGCAACGCAUCCACUUGUGUGUUGUGCACCAACUUCCACUACCUGAACGAAGGCACGUGCCACGCCGAUUGCUCGCAGUUCCCCGACAAGACGGAGUCUGAGGCGCCUGUUGACUGUCUCGGUGGGACCACGAGUGCCGGCGAUUCGUGCGAUUGCAUGGACGACUCGUGCUUUGUGUGCGAGGUGGCGAGUGACGGGACUGUUGUCGCGUGCACGCUGUGCCAGGAUUCGAAAUACCUGUACGACGGCGAGUGCCACGACAACUGCGACACGUUCAGAGACACGUUUCCUCAGGGAACAGGCUCCUUUGGGCGAAGCUGUGCUGAUGGGGAGCAGUGCGAGGAUGGCAUGUUCCCAGACGGCAGCUCGUGCACGUGUCCAUCCAACUGCCGCGACUGCCUCGUGAGCGACGUCGGUGCGAUGUACUGCACGGUGUGCACCAACGAGCAGUAUCUCUCCGGUGGCGCCUGCUUUGAUGACUGCAGCAGUGUCCCUGGCACAGAGACUGGCACAGGAACUGAUGGCAGAGAAUGUGUAUGA